UGAAACAGAGAAACGGUGACUAAUAAAACCACCACCCAGAAGCACAUACGCCAUCGCCCAUUGCCAUUCCAUUCUUCUCCUCCUCUUCUCAAACACCCAACACAAUACUACCCCCAAACCACAAAAAAGAUAAAAGAAAGCAGAGUCCAAAUGCUCUCUCAAUUUCUUCUUCAUCAUCUUUUCACCCUAUCAUUCUCCCUCUUCCUUCUUCUCUCCGCCGCCGAUUCUGACCUCGCCGCCCUCCUCCACCUCCGCUCCGCUGUGGGCGGCAGAACCCGCCGCUGGAACACCUCCCACACGACUCCCUGUUCCUGGUUCGGCGUCACCUGCGACAACACCGGCCGGGUCACCACGCUCCGUCUCCCUGGCUCCACCCUCUCUGGAGAAAUCCCCCCCAACACCAUCGGGAACCUGACCCGCCUCCGAUACCUCAGCCUCCGAUCCAACUCGCUCUCCGGCUCGCUGCCCUCCGACUUGAGCUCAUGCACGGAGCUGGAAAAACUCAUCUUGCAGAGGAACCAAUUCUCCGGCGAGAUACCGACGGAAUUCAACCGUCUAACCAAGCUGAAAACUUUAUACUUGGAAAACAAUAACCUCGACGGGUCAAUACCCGAAAUCAACUCCCUCUCGAAGCUCCAGAAGUUCAACGCUUCUUACAAUAAAUUGAACGGUUCAAUUCCGUCAACUUUGAGCAAAUUCUCCGAGAGUUCCUUUCUGGGCAAUGAUCUGUGCGGUAGGCCACUUUCUCCUUGUACUGACAACAAUGGAAAUAAUUUAUCCACAGGAGAAAUUGCCGGAAUUGUAAUUGGGUCAGUUGUUGGGUUGAUUCUGAUUCUCGUAGUCUCGAUCGUUAUUUGGAGAAAAUAUAGUGCCGAGACAACUCCCCGGCAAGUUGUCAUGGCCCCGUCGUCGGUUCCGUCACCGGUAAAGCCAGCAGGCUCCGAAUUCGGUAGCCCGAGACCCAUGUUAGUUAAAGAAUAUAGCGGGUUGAGAAAUGGCUACUCGGGUCGGGCGGGCGGCAGGGAUAAUGAGUUGGUGUUCUUUGGUGAUGGGGCGGUGGAAUUUACUCUAGAGGCCUUGUUGACGGCUUCAGCUGAGGUGGUGGGGAAGGGCACGUUUGGGAGUACAUACAUAGCAUACUUGGGCCCUGACGUUGAGGCUGCUGUCCCGGUGGUCGUGAAAAGGCUUAAGAAUGUCUACCCUUCUCGGGGAGAGUUUGAAGACGAGGUUGAGGCCUUGGGAGAGUUGGCUCAUGAGAAUUUGCUGCCCCUGAAAGCAUACUACUACGGCAAGCAGGAGAGGCUGCUGCUCUUUGAUCCCAUGCCCAUGGGAAGCUUAGACGCCCUCUUGCACGGCCGAGACAGGGCGGGGGCGCCGAGCUGGGAAAUUAGGAUCAGAAUCGCUCUGGGAGCCGCCCGCGGCGUCGAGUAUCUCCACUCCCUCGGCCCCAACUCCUCCCACGGCAACAUCAAGUCGGCCAACAUUCUCCUCGCCGAUCAAUACACCGCCCGCGUUUCAGAAUACGGCAUCAACCGGCUCGUUUCUUUGAAUUUGGCUCUCAACCUCAAUGGCUACUGCGCGCCGGAGGUGACGGAUUCCCGAGAUGUUUCGCCGGCGGCCGACGUCUACAGCUUCGGCGUUUUGCUCCUGGAGCUGCUCACCGGCAAGGCUCCGACGGACGCCAUCUGGAACGACGACGGAUUUGACCUCCCCGCCUGGGUCCAAUCGGUGAUUGAGGAAAGGGGUUUUUUUGAGGUGUUUGAUGAGGAGCUUCUGAGGUUUCGGAGCCGGAACGGGGUGCAGAUGGCGGAGCUGUUGCAUCUUGGAAUUCGCUGCAGUUCACGGCAGCCGUACAACCGGCCGGCGAUGGCGGAGGUGGCCCGGCGAAUCGACGAAAUCUAUCGGUUCGGAAUCGUCGAGUGAUCGUGCAAGAAGAUGAACUGUGGCCAAUUUGGGUUGCAAGCUUUAUUUUUGUCUUCUAGUGUAAAAUAUUAGGAUAAAGUUAUUUGUACAGAAUGGAGUGUACAGAUAGCUUUAUAGAAUUAUUAAAUGAUCAAAUUAUCCCUAAGUUCAAUCCAACACACUCUCUCUUUCGCCUCGCCUCACCUCCGCUCUCCUCUCCUCUGUCUUUCUCUUGCGCUUGUCUCUGUGCCUCGCGAUUGCCCUCGCCACUACUCUCUCCUUCCUCUAUCUCUCUCGGCUCGCCUCGCCUCUCCUCUCCUCUCUCUCUCUUUUGUCUUUUUCUCGCGCUCGUCUUUACGCCUCGCCAUCACCCUCGUCGCUUGCCGAUUGCCGUCGCCUACUGCACCUUAGUUGGUUUGGGUGGUCGUUGGUUGUUGAAGAUUGCAGCGGUGAGGAGGCGAGGCGGCGAGAGAAGGCGGUGAGGUUGCAGGUGAAGGCGAGGCGAGCAGCGAGAGAGGGAGAGAGAGAGAAGAGGGUGAACAAAUCGCGAUAUAUUACGAUUUUUUUUAUGUCAAAAUUUUACAAUUUAUCGCGUCUGUGAAGGGGUUCUGUGAACCCUUUCUAUACGAAUAGCGCGACCCAAAAUAUUAUAUACAUGAGAACGAAUUAUAGUUUUA